AUGGUUGAUAACACAAGUAUAGCAACUAAAUCUGCUUUGCAAGGGUCUCUCUCUUCUGCCAGCAGCCUUCCGCUCCAGGCUCCCUCCGCCUCUUCGCACAGCCCGUUCCCUGGCGCCCAGUCCCACCAACCCGGCAGCGGCGGCAUGAAGCUCGAGGCGGUCAUGGAGAACCUGCAGCGGCAACAGGCAGCGCGGUUAGCCCUGGAGGAGAAGCUCCGGCAGGCGGAGACAGAAAAAGACCUCCGCUCCAUGGUGGAGUCCCAGAUACACCAACAAGCUCUUGCUUUCCGCCACUAUCAGGCAGCGAUGCGAGGCGCACUGGCCGCCGGAGUUUCCAACUCGUCCUCCGGAGUGACGCUCCCACACACGGAGGUCCGGAGAGCCGACGAGGACGGACCAGGCAGCGACGAUAAGGAGCGGGACGAGGAGGGAGAUGAUAUACAUGAACAUGAGAUGAAUGAAGAAGAGGACGAAGACGAUAUCGGAUUGAGCCACUACCAACACCAACAGUCUUCAUUCCAGGGAGCCUGCAUGCUUCCGCAGAGCGCCCCGAUGCAUCUCAUGGCCAGAGUCCCGGUGGCCUUCGACCCGGCCUGCCGCACAGAGUCUCCAUCGUCGCAUCCCCAGUCCCAGCACCAUGAGUGGACCUACGAGGAGCAGUUCAAACAGCAGUAUAUUGUUACAGAGGACCCAAAGAGAGAGAAUUUUUUAGACAAUGUUUUUAUUACUUUCUUGAAAGUCAGAAGGACUCCAGUGAAUCGGAUUCCUAUCAUGGCCAAGCAGGUGUUGGAUCUCUACAUGCUCUACAAGCUCGUCACAGAAAAAGGCGGCUUAGUGGAAGUCAUCAAUAAGAAAAUAUGGCGUGAGAUCACCAAAGGCCUUAACCUCCCUACCUCCAUUACCAGUGCAGCAUUCACUCUCCGAACACAGUAUAUGAAGUACCUCUACCCCUAUGAAUGUGAAAAGCGGGGACUGAGCUCCCCUGGUGAGCUUCAGGCCGCUAUCGACAGCAACCGGCGGGAAGGCCGCCGGCAGAGCUACGGCUCUGCCAUCUUCAAUUACUCUCCCGUGGGCACCCCCACCCUCCUGUCAUCUCCAAAGAUACAGAUGUCCCACCUAUCUAUGCCCACUCACAACAGUGGUCAUAUCUCCCAGGUGCCUGUCAUCAAGAAAGUCCUUUACUCUCCAGAGGAGCCUAUGAUGGCCAGCUGCCUGCCCAGCCGAGGGGCCCUCUCUAUGUUACCCAGCAGCCAUCGCGCAGCAGCUGUGGCCGCCCAAGCAGUAGCAGCCCAGGCAGCAGCGGCUGUCCAGGUAGCAGCCUUGGAGCAGCUCAGAGAGAAGCUGGAGAGCAGUGAACCACCAGAAAAGAAGAUGAUGUUUGUGGCAGAGGAGCAGCAGAGGAUUGUGCAGCACGCCCUGCAGCAGAACCUGCUGGCAAUGACCACCCAGCUGCCCCUUAAUAUCAAACUCAACAACAGAGAUGAUAGACAAGAGACCGCAUUGAACCUGUCUACCAGCGGCAUUAGCAGCAUCAACAUGUCAAUAGAAAUAAAUGGAGUUGUCUACACAGGAGUCCUGUUUGCUCGUCAGUCAGCCAUAGCAGCAAUGACAGGACACCAUGGGAGACACAGUAACUGUCAGACUCAGGGAAAGAAGAGUCCCACACAGUUCCAGCCCUCCUGUUCCUCCUCAUCCUCCUCCUCUUCCUCAGUCCACGGGCACAGAAACUCCUCCCCCUGA